AUGAAGCUUGAAGACUAUGGCCUGAUCGACUUAGAUAUAAUAUUUGUCAUAAAUACAACAAAGCAAUGGGAAGUGGAGGAUGAGAAGCUAAAGUUGUGUAAGAGAGCAUUCCUUGAGGCUAUCGGCGAGGUAGUGAAGAGCAUGAAAGAAGAAGCAUCCCACCAACAAAUCCAUAAUUUGUUGGAUAUGUUGGUGGUGUUGCACCUAUUGAGGGAGAGUGGGAAUGGGAUUUGUUUAGGGCUGAACCUCUCGAGCCAAGGAAACGGUGGGAAUAGGAGACAUGGAAACAGUGCCCACGGGAUUCAGAAGCCUGCAUGGUUAGAGGCUCUGAACUCUCAGAAAUUCUUUGUGGGUUGCUCAGCUCAUGAGAGUGCAAAGAAGAACGAGAAGAACAUUUUCUGCUUGGAUUGCUGUACCAGCAUUUGCCCCCACUGCUUGCCUGCGCACCGAGCACACCGAUUGGUGCAGGUCCGGCGCUAUGUCUACCAUGAUGUUGUGAGGCUUGAAGACUUGGAGAAGCUCAUAGAUUGCUCCAAUGUUCAGGCCUAUACCAUUAACAGUGCAAAAGUGGUGUUCAUCAAGAAACGCCCUCAGAAUCGGCAAUUCAAGGGUUCUGGUAAUGUCUGCACUAACUGUGAUAGGACCCUACAAGAACCAUACAUUCAUUGCUCUCUUGGUUGCAAGGUGGACUUUGUAUUGAAGCAUAACAAGGACCUCACAGCCUACUUAAGGACUUGCAAAACGUUGCAAUUAAGCCCUGAUUUCUUGGUCCCUCAUGAUGCUAUGGAAGAGGAGAUGAGCGAGACACCACAUUCUGUGAUGGACUGUGAUGAAGCCAUGGGAUUGUCUUCGGGCUCUUCAGGUUGCGACAAUAACCUCGCCUUCGCUUGCACUGCUACCACCGAUUUAGUUCGAAAGAAGAGAACUGGAAGCUACUAUGUGUGCGCAAGAUCGGCCAAUGUGGAGAACGAGGACAUGGUGGUUACCAUGAGCAGAAGAAAGGGGAUCCCACAUAGGUCUCCCCUAUGUUAA